CCACGCCGUCCGUCGUCGUCGAGAUCCAUCCCUCCACCGUCGAGACCCGAGGCGCGAACCGCCGCGACGCCAACGUCGAGAUCCGGCGGUCCACCGUCAAACGUCGCCCGGUCUGCGUCGCCACCGUCGAGAUUCACGCCUCCCAGUAUCCAUCGCGAACGCCCUCGCCGCCCCGUCACCAUCGCCAACCUUCCCCGCCGGCUCCGUCUGCAACUCCACGCCGACUCCCCCCAGCUACCGCGAUCGCCGGCGACAAAGGAGAAUUAUACCAGCGGUUAUUAGCCACAGCUUUAGAAGAUAACACAUCCUUGUGGCCUAUUCUUUCUCGACAUGUUGCUGGAAAAUUGUUGAAUUGGAGAGAUUUACUGGUUUGAUGACAUGUCACUCAGACUUCCAAUUCCGCAAGGGCUGCCCUUUUUCAGAAGUGUUGGGUGGUUCGAAGACAGUAAGGUUAAGUCAGCUGCGAAGCAGCUGUUUUCCCCGAAAUUGAAGCUCCAGACAGAUAAGGAGGUGUACAGACCUGGUGAUUCAGUUACUGCAACUAUAGAAAUCUGCAGCUCCACUAGUUUAAAGGAUGAUGCAGGAACUGGUUUGGAUGAAGAUGUCCCCUCUCUGUUGGUAGAUGGGCUAUCGUUUGAACUUAAAGGAAUUGAGAAAUUGGACAGUCAAUGGUUCUCUGUCCCAAAAACCCUACCAGGGUCUAAGCAAAGGAAAGGUGAGUAUUUGUUUUUGGAUUGUUUGGCACCCUCAUUAGUCUCCAAAGUGAUAAUUGCUUCAGGACAAACAAAAACAUAUAUUGUACGUCUGAAGCUCCCGAAGAUUUUACCACCAUCAUAUAGGGGCAUCAGUAUUCGCUAUAUUUAUUAUGUUAGGAGUACAUUGCUUGGGAGAUUGAUUGAAUUGGGUAAUGGAGAACAAAAUAAAGGCCAUGUAAAUAGGGCUGUUCAGUUGGAAGGUCGAGUUCCAUUGCAGAUAUGUGUUUCCCAGAAAAGCAGCAACCUACUUAAUGAAGAAGGGAGUUUCCCACUCUUAGUCGAGCAACUGAGUAUAUUUUGGAGGGAAAAUUAUGAAGGUUCAGAAUGGACCAGAGCGAAUGAUAAUACUGAUCUAGAAGAAGGAUAUGAUAGUUCAAAAGACGAAGUUUCGUCGGUUUCCUCAUACAACCCUUCUAAAUCAAAUACAGAGUUUACCCGCAGGGACUCAGUAUCAACACAGUCCAUCUCAUCACGUCUUUCCACAAGUGAGGCAUUGCAUUCUCAGGGAGAGCAUCCCACUUUCCCGUCAUAUAGUGCAAUUCCUCGAUUGUCAGUGUCAGAGAUUUCAGAUGAUCAUGGUGGAGGAAUGGUGUCACCUCAAAGGAAGCUAAACCAUUUGCUUUCAGAUCAUAAUCCAUCAAAUGGUCAAAGAUUUUCUCUAGAUUCUGAUCGCCUAAAAGAUGAUGUUGGACUUCCUCUCACGCCAAAACAUGCCGAACCGUCUGGAUCAGAAGGCUUUAUGAGAGGAAGAUCAUACAAUAUACGAAUAGAUGAUCAAGUCUUGCUUCGUUUCUCACCAAAGAAUUCUGACUCAACUUAUUACUUUGGUGAUAUGAUUGGUGGAACACUCACUUUUUUUCAUGGAACUGGAACACGGAGAUGCCUAGAGGUGUCUAUAACCUUGGAAACAUCAGAAACAAUUAAUCCUCGUGUAAUACAUCCUUCAAGAAGGGUCUCGCCCACAAUAACCAAGGUACACAGUGAACAUCAUGAAGUUGUUGCAGAUCUUCAUCAGACAAGCUUUCUCUUUUCAAUUCCUAUUGACGGACCAAUGUCAUUUGCUACCUCAAAGGUCUCUGUACAGUGGUCCCUUAGAUUUGAGUUCUUCACAACUCCUCCAGGAAUGGACCCAUCAAGGUAUGAGCACCCACUUCUUGUUGAGAAAAGAGAGAAGGGGGACUGGGUCCUCCCGAUAACAGUUUAUGCACCUCCAUUGCGUAGACGAGCUACUCAUGGAAGAAACGAUAAAUCUGUGUUAGUUGGAAAUCUUUUCAGCUCUUAAAGAUGCACGAGUUGCUGCUGUUCUUCGAAGACCUUCAAAGCUUCAGUGAGUACUAUCUGUGUAGAUCAGCAUCCACAAUCUGGCAUUUCUGGCCCAGGUCACACACGUAAUACGUUCAGUGUUAAAAGAACACACUGAGCGAGGAGAAACUUGUGUUACAUUCCCAAACACUCUGCUUCUGUCAUCACCAGAGAACACCACAUGAGUGUAGCUGCAUUGGCACUUGAUUUGGGUGCAAUACAACAUGACGCAGCGCAAAGAUACUACACCGACUCUAAUGUAUUCGUUUUCGAAAGUGCUGUGCGUAUGACUUUCUCUGUCCAAUUUGCAUCCGAUGCUUAGAUUGUGGGUCUGGGAUUCAUGCAGCAGCUAGAUCAAAGGGCCAUGUGCUAGUGUCGUACGAGUGUAGGAUGAAAAUGUGUUGAUUCGUUUUUAAUCGAUGAGACUGAAUUCUUUGGGAUGCCUGAUUAGCUGUUAUCACCCCAUUUUGGUUGGUUACAUAUACUUGAGUACAGUAUAUUCAUUGUAAUUCCAUUUGUUUUGUGGAAACCGUACAUACUUGAUUGUGCACUGACUGUCAAGACGAGCCAUGUCUUGUUCUUUGA